AUGCUGAAGAAUUUCCCCAGGAAAAGGAAGAUUUUUAGAAUAUCGGAGAUGAAAGAAUUUGAAGAUCUUAAGGCAAGGUUUGAUGUGGGAUGCUCUGAGCAAAGCGAUUCGUCUAUGGCGGUCACUUAUGAUGCAGAUUUACAUUCUGCAUUCCAGCAAAUAUCUGAGAGCGAGCACCUGGCAGAUAAGAUUUUGAAGUGUAAAGAAAGCUUCCUGAAUGGAGUCGGAGACGAAAGUUGUAUGAAUGCAAGGGUUGAGCCGAUAGGAUCGAGAAUUCAGAAGGACACCACUAAAAGUAAUCGGUCACAGCGAUGCAGAAAUGCCUAUGGGGAUGAGUUUAGAUACGACGCGCUUUCUGCGUCACAAAAGCUCGAGCUGAGCAGGUUCUGCUGGAAAGCAUUCAGCAAGAAGCGUUCGAAUGUUCUUUUCAACUGGGUAGGCUGUUUCCAGAAGAAGGGUAGAGUUGGCGGAGGAAAGACAAUCAACUAUAAAGUGUUUGAUAUUAUUGAAUCACUAGAGGAACGGGCCACGCAUACAAGGUUUAUAUUCAGGUAUGAGCCUGACAAAAGUGGUGCAAUCAAGAUAGCAAACAGUCUUCAUGAGAACAGAAGCGUUGACGUCAACAGGGUCGAUGUGUUUGUGCUUGCAAAUGCAUUGAAGAAUUAUAUUAGGGAGCAUCUUGAUGGACUUGUGCCGAUUGAAGUUUUUGAAAGGAUCAAGAGCUGCAUCCGUACGAACGACAGGCACACCAGGGAGGCGCUUUUUUCGUAUGUUCCUUUCGUUUUUUGUGAUGUUGAGCGAAGUCUUCUGGUGGCGCUAUUUGGACUGCUUAAGAAGGUGAGCGAUAAUUUUGAAAAGACAGAGAUGUCGAUUGACUCUCUCCUGGGGCUGUUUAGUCUUGUAUUGCAUCCCCAAGCAGCAUUUACAACACUGGACGAUCUUGAAUAUGUACAGAUGAUUACCAAAGAGCUGUAUAGUUUAGAUUUUGGGGUCUUGCCCCAGGCCGUAGUUGUGCAUGAGCUGGUUUUUGUGUAG